UUCAACACUGGAGAAACAGUAUAGAAAUGCCACAAUGAAAAUAGUUUUCUUAGAUGGCUUAGAAAUGUAUGAUUGUCAAAUUGUCAGUAUCUCUGUACUCCCACUCGCACAUAACUGAAGCCCUAAAUCCAUUUGGCAUUAAACAAUGCUAUUUGCUGGUGUCUUUGUCAAAUAUAUUUGAGAAAGAAGAUAAGCAGGAAUAGAGAAAAUUCUUCAGUGCAUACUCUGCUUACUUUCAGGAAAUCCAACAUUAGCAAAAGCAUUCUAAAAUAAAGCUGAAGCCACCAUAAUAUAAAAGAACCCCAACAGUCUUUUGGGAACUUGAGUUCUGCAAGCAGCACAAAACCCUCUCAAGUGCUCCAUUAAUUUUCAGAAUUGGUCUGAAGCUCUAAUCGAAAACCACCACCUGUUCCUGUAUCAACAAGAUAUCUAGCAGAAACAGAAAAGUUUUUUCUUUAGACAGAUGACUGAAAUACCACAGUGUACAAUUUGCACAAAAGACUAUGGCAUAAAUAAGAUAGUCAGUCCUCCUAUCUUCAACAACAAUGUUACACAGUCUCUCUCUAGGGCUGUAAAACACUGAGAAGGACUUCACCUUGGCAGUUUGAGUUGUGCCUCUGGUGUGAAGAGAGUAUGCAAGUUAGAAGCCAUGUCAAGAACUCAAGUGACCAUUCUUAAAGUGAGUUUAUGGCUGUUAAAUGUUACCACAAAAAUAAGCCCAGUAAGAAAGGGGAGCCGGCAGGACAGGAAGUGUCGUUCCAGGAAUGCACAGAAACAUCCUCAAUGUUCUUUAAGAAUGGAGUAAGGGAAGAGAUGAAAGCAAAAAAAAAUGGAGUAUUAAAAGCAGCAAAGAUGAAUGCUUCCCUUGCAUCAAAGAUUAGAACAAGAACAAUUAAUAAUUCCUCUAUAAUUAAGGUCUCCCUGAGACAGAACAACAAGGCAUUGGCUAUGGCCCUCAAUGCUGCCAAGAUAACAGCCAAGAAUCUUACUGAUGACAAGAUGAGACUGCAGAAAGAAGUAGAGUUGGGUCACUUUGAAAAUGCUUGCUUACGCCAAAAGCUCUCUUCUGAGAAAAAAUAUACUGAUGAACUGCAGCUCUUUAUGAACAGCUGCUUUCAAACUGCAAUCAAGAUGACGAGAUUGUUAGAGGAUGAAAGAGGGCACAAUGAUACUCAUGAUAUUUCUUGCAGUCAGGAUGAUAGCAACUGUCCUAGAGUGGCACCAAAAUUUAUGAGAAUUCCAUUGUCUCAUGUGGAUGAUGAAGGAAGUGGCAAUGCCAGAAAGACAUCCACCAGUCUGGAGAAAUUUCCUUUGCAAUCUGCUCUUGGUGAGACUUGGAGAAGUAUGCCUUUCCAUGAAGUAAAGAAGUCAUUCUCUUCUUUCACUGACAAAGUAUUGGCAAGCAGUGGAAAUAGUCAUGCAGGAUUACAUGGAGUAGAUGACUCUACUUUGGCAUUGAAUUCAAGCACAAUUUUUGGAGACAACCUUUGGAAUGUGCCACAGAAUUCCAGGAGCAACUCACUAUCUAUCCUGGAUAAGAAUUAUCCUGUCCAUCAAUGGAAUAAAGUCCUGAACGAUUUAACAAAUUCCAUCCCUCUUGAAACUUCUCCAAUAUGUCUAUACCGACGAAGAAAAAAGGAAGUUUCCUAUGCAGAGCCUAGCCUGAAUAAAAAACUGAGGCGUGGUGACCCCUUUACAAUGACUGACUUCCUCAGUUCCCCCAUCUAUAAAACAAAAAAGAAGUUGACAAAAGGAACUGAAAUGUCCAGGAAAACCAAGAAAAUUUUAAAAAGUUAGAUCUGUUGAUUAAUCUUUAGACAAAGAAUAACACAAUUGUUUCCUAGGUAUGAGGUUUUUUUCUUAAUUCAGCGAGUUUUAGCCAAAUAUUUUUU